UUGACACGUGUGCUCGUGAGAAAACCUGGAAGAUUUCACCUGAACAGUAGCACCAGGCCGCGUAAUCACUAGAUUUGACGACAAGUCUAUCACCUUGACUUGAUCACAACCGUCCGUUUCUAAUUCCCCCUUGUGGAGCCCACCAUCUCGUAGCACGACCAUGACAUGGGUCCGUCCAAGAACAACUACACGGAAGAAUUCAAGGACGGAAACGAUCAGCUGAUCUGGUUCAACGGACUCUUCGUAUCGCCGUUUCAUUAACGCUAUCGUUUGAUUUUCGAAAGCAGUAAUUCUAUAGAUUUGAGGUGUAGGCGUUCAUCAACUGUCAUUUAAAACAUUUAUUGAUUUUAGGUGACUAUUUCUGGGAGAUUUGAGGAUUAAAACCUUAGUCUGGAAUUAAGCAGGUUGUGUCUGCAUAAAUUGCAUCUUGAAGGAAAAAAGGGUAGUCAAGGUAGUAAUUCAUGGCCAGGAUAAAACCUCAGGCUCUGCUAGUCCAAAGCAAAAAGAAGAAGGGGCCGACUCGUAUUAGUGCCACUACAAUAAUUCUGUGCAACCUAGUUGUUGUGUUAAUCGUGCUGUCCUUGGUUGCUACAUACAGGCAUUGGUCUCAGAGGUCGAGGGAACAAACAGGAGUUUCAAAGUUUGAGGACAUUUCUGAUACCUUCACUGAUUCAAAGAAGUAUGAUCUCCCAGGUUAUGCUAUUCUUAAUACAUCAAAGGGUUAUAUUACAGUGGAACUGUACAAGGAUAGUUCUCCGGAGAUUGUGGACAAUUUUCUUGACUUGUCCCAAAAGGGCCAUUUUAAAGGAAUGCCCUUCCAUCAUGUGAUCAAACAUUAUGUAAUUCAAGGAGGGCAUUCCCAAGGUCUUGGAGCUGCUGAAGAUUGGACUACGAAAGUGAAGAUUCGUAGUCGGCUUGCUACAAGCCCAAAGCAUGAGGCAUUUAUGCUGGGAACUUUAAAAACUAAAGACAGCCAAGGGUUUGAGAUAUUUAUUACCACUGCACCAAUUCCAGAUUUAAGUGAUAAGCUUAUUGUGUUUGGACGGGUAAUCAAGGGAGAGGAUGUGGUGCAGGAAAUUGAGGAGGUGGACACAGAUGAACACUAUCGGCCCAAGUCCCCUGUAGGGAUCAUCAACGUGACACUGAAACGUGAAAUUUGAGUGCUAUUUCAACUGCUAAAAUUGUUGUAUAGUUUUCAUGAGUUGUGAUAAAUCGAUAGUUCUCAGAUAUAUCGCAUGCUAUAGUUAUCUCCUGAAGGUUGUUCUGUCGCAACACUUCCCUGCACACACUUGCAUUCCCCCUUUCCACGCAGGUCUUUUUUGUGGUGGGUGGGUUUGGAUUUUUUCUUAAUCGAGGCUGAAUUGUUUUGGAAUUGAAGAGCCCUUAUAUUUUUGAGUGGACAUGUACAACAUUCUGUUGAUUUCGUAGUGAAGAUCCAUUGUAAUA